CUUGCACGAAGCAUGGUUGCCGAUAUUGGUGGCAGUGACAAGACACAGUGGAUAUCGCAGUCUGUUCCUAUCGUCAACCUUGCUCUGGGUGCUCCAGUUGCCCAAGCUGCGGAUUACUGGGGCCGAAAAUGGUUUCUCGUCAUUUCCUGCGCCUUUGCCGUCGUUGGCAGCAUCAUCGUCUCUCGAGCCACCAACAUCGACAUGGCACUCGCCGGUAACGCUCUCGCCAGCAUCUCCACGUCCGCUCAACCUCUUCUCUUCGCCGUCGCCUCCGAGAUUUUGCCUCGAAGAUAUCGUCCCGCUGCUCAGGGUGGUGUCACUGGCAUCUUUGCCGUUGCUGCCAUCGUCAACUAUACACUGAAGGAGAAGCUCAGGAAACUCGACUGGGUCGGCAUCAUCCUGCUUCCUGUCGCCGUUACUGUCCUCUGCAUCGGGCUUACCUGGUCCGAGAACCCCUUCUCGUGGAGCAACGCUCACGUCGUCGCCCCCUUCACCAUUGGCAUCGUUCUUGUCAUUAUUCUUGCUUUGUAUGAAGCCUUUGUGAAGAAGGAUGUUCUCUUUGAAACUAAUCCAGUCUUGGUCUGCCUCAAUUUCUCAAUUGUCUUUAUUGCAGCCGUGGUUGGGAGCAUCGUAGCUUCCAUCUAUUGCUCAUGGAGUAGGCAGUUGAGAUGGCCCUUGGUUGUGUCCUACAUUGGAUUUGUCAUCUUCUACGCAACGAUGAUGUCUGUUGGCUUUGGCGAUGGAAAGAAUGUCUGGGGCUUCAACGUCUUCCUCGGUCUUGGUUUCGGUGGCUGCCUAACAUGCAUCGUCGUCGCAGCGCAGUUCAGUGCUCCGCCUGAGCUCCUUUCCAUCAGCAGUGGUGCCCUUAUCACUGCUCGAUCCGCUGGAGCAUCAAUCUGCUUUGCGAUCUGUAACGCCAUCUUCAACUCGCAGAUCACCAAGAACCUCCCCAAGGAUAUCGCUAAAGCUGUUCUUCCUCUUGGUCUCCCUACAGAAUCCCUCGGGCCCUUCAUUCAAGCCUUGUCCGACCAUAACGACAGCGCCUUUGCUACCAUUGAGGGUGUCACUCCGCAAAUCAUCCAAGCUGGAGCUCAUGGUCUGCAGCAGGCUUACAUCACAUCACUUCGUCCUCUUCACGGCUUUGGCCUUGCACUAUCUACAAUUGCUGUCAUCGCUUCUUUCUUCAUUAUUGAUCCUAAGCGUGACUUCAAUAUGAAUGUUGAUGCACCACUUGAUGCGCCCAAGGAGCACCCCAAGAAGCAAAUCAAUGCUUAA